GUAAUUGCAUACCAUCGGCCUAACACUUGCCCGCCUAGUUCUCCCUCUUGCCCAUCCGUCGCUCUCUCACUCCAUUUCUCAAUUUCCGAAGAAAAGUGUGAGAAAAGGUUCUCCUGUAGUUUCCAUCGAAACCCAUGGGCAAAAAGGUAAAAUGGAGCUGGACCUCCGCAUUCAUCGGAGCAGCCUCAGCGACGGCUGUGGCUGCUCUCCUCAGCGCGAAACCCAAAGACCCAACUUUCCACCUCAUCUCCAUCAACCUCACUUCCUUCAAGCUCAAACUCCCCCACAUCGACGCCGAGCUAAUCCUCACCGUCCACGUCACCAACCCAAACAUUGCGCCGGUCCAUUACUCGUCCACCACCAUGUCCAUCUUCUACGAAGGGUCGUUACUAGGGGCAGCUCAGGUGAAAGCUGGGUCCCAGCCGCCCCGAUCUUGCCAGUUGCUGAAGCUGCCCACUCGGCUGGACGGGGUGGAGUUGGCUCACCACGCGGGGAAGUUUUUUGCUGAUGUGGCGAAAAGAGAGAUGUUGCUAGAUGCUAAGGUGGAUAUUGGCGGUAAGGCUAAGGUGUUGUGGUGGGACCAUAAGUUCAACGUCCACGUGGAUAGUCAUGUUACCGUUGAUCCUGUUUUUCUUGAUGUGAUUGAUCAGGAAAAUAAAUCCCAGUUGGAGCUUUUUGUUGCUUGAUAAUUGUAUGCUCUAACUUGUAGUACUAUGAUUUUGCCUUUGAUUUGUGGUAAUUUAUAUGCUCAAUGGUGUCAAA